GUUAUUAAGGCAAUGAUUGAGAGAUUUACACCUCGUUAUUCAGUCCUGCUUUCUGAGUCCCCUUGGGAUGUUGCAUCUCGUUGGGUGCAGUCAAGGCAGAUCCAUCCUUCUAAUGCUGACGAAUUGGGAGCCAUUCUUCGAGCCAUGUCCCAUGGGGAAAUCACUGCAGCCGAUGUCGGUUUCAAAGGGACGCAACUUAAGUUGACUUUGAUGAUCGAUGGGAAGCAACAAGUUGUCUUUAAGCCGGCCUGGUACCCCAGGGACUACGUGGUCACAGGGCCACCCUAUGCAGGGAGAGACAGACAUAAUGCAGAAAUUGCUGCUUUUCAUCUGGGAAGAUUACUAGAACUGCGCCGAACUCCAUUGACUAUUGGCCGCAGGGUGGAUAUAGACAAAGAAAUUAUACGGGUGGCUUCACAGAAGUUACUGUCCACUUUUUAUGAGAGAGAGGGAGAAAGCUGUUUUUAUGGGCGGUGCCUCUACUGUAAAGGUCCCGAGGAUGGUGUGUGUGCGACCAGUGGGGUCCUGGAAGGAACAUUAGUUCUCUGGCUGCCUCAUAGUUUUAAAAUGACCCUACAUAAGCAUCCAUGGUCUCGGACCUACAGGGAUAAUGUCAGAGCAAAAUGGGAGACUGACACAAUGUACUGUGACACCGUCAAGUCCAACUUCAAGUCUGGCCCCAGGUUGCUGGACAUCAUAGACACCUGUGUUUUUGAUUACCUCAUCGGAAACGCUGACCGUCAUCACUAUGAGACCUUUCAGGGCUAUGAUGACAGUAUGCUGAUUAUGUUGGACAAUGGUAAGAGUUUUGGAAACCCGAGUGUAGAUGAAAUUACCAUUUUGGCUCCUCUUUACCAGUGUUGUCAGAUUCGAUCCUCGCUGUGGCAAAGACUACUUGCUCUUCAAGAUGGCGUCCUCAGUGGAGUCUUGGCGGGAAUCCUAUCCACUGAUCCCAUUUCUCCAAUCCUAACAGAUGCCCAUUUCAAAGCCCUGGACAGGCGGCUGAAGACUGUUCUGGAGGAAGUUCAGAAGUGCAUUUCUCAAGUGGGGAUUCAUGCUAUUGUUGCAGACACAGUAUCCCCAUCAAGAUAA